UACUGCAGUGGACGAUCGUCGGAGCUGCGCAAUUCAGGCGUAGAGUGGGGGAGAGGCCGAGAGAAUGAGGAGCAUCGGGAGGCUACCCACGAGCACAGGGAGGCCAUCCUUCAUCCGUCCUUGUUCUGCAUUCUCCUCUUUUGCAUCAGGCGGCGGCGGCGUUGGUGGUAGUGGUAGGGGAAGAGGCAGAGGCGGUGGCUCUCCACUUCCUGGCCGAAUCGGCGUGUCUCCGGAUGAGGCGGAGGAGCCUAGCGGGCUCCCGCCCUCUGGUCUCGGUCAUGGAAAAGGUAAACCUGUUCCUUCUGCUCCAACCCUCCCUUCUUUCUCUUCCUGGAUCUCCGAUAUUAUGCCGCCCGGCGGCCGAGGCCAUCCUGCCUCCCCUUCCCAACAAGAAGCCGGCGGCGCCCGUCCCUUGAAACCCAUCUUUUUCAGGCGAGGUGACGUCGAAUCCCCGGGUCCACAACCGGAUAAGAAAACUCAAUUUCGCGUUGCACCUCCUGCGGCCGGAGAAUCCGGUCUGCCUUCUUCUCUAGCUUCUGGACUAGCGGGGGGCGGCCGUGGACAGCCAGUUAGGCCGCCACCCGGCCCUGCGGUUGGUGAAGAGGAGAACCGGCAUCUUCGUCAGCGACGAGGUGGCGGAGCGCCGGCACGGGGAAGGGCACGCGGAGAGCCGUCGAGGAGGUCAUCGUCGCCUGCCGGGAUGGCCCGCAGAGGUGGACCGGCUGAAAUGGGGAGGGGGGAGAGGGGUAGGGGGUUCAGAGGAAGAGGUAGAGGGACGAGAGGUGGAGCUCGUGGUAGAAGGGAGAGGGGUGAGUGGGGGCAGCGAUUCAGGGACGAAGACGCGGAGGAUGAUGUUGGCGGUGGGCUCUAUCUUGGUGAGAGUACAGACGGGCAGAAGCUCACCGAGAGGAUCGGUGAGGACAAUAUGAAGGUGAUUAUGGAAGGUUUCGAUGAGAUGAGCAGCAGAGUUCUGCCUUCUCCCAUGGAAGAGGCCUAUCUGGAUGCCUUACAUAUGAAUAACAUGAUCGAGUAUGAACCAGAGUACUUGAUGGAGGAUUUUGGUACUAAUCCGGAUAUUGAUGAGAAGCCGAUAAUGUCUCUUGAAGAGGCACUGGAGAAGGCAAAGCCGUUUUUGAUGGCUUAUGAGGGGAUACAGAGUCUAGAGGAAUGGGAGGAAGUAGUGAAGGAAACAAUGGAAAAGGCUCCUUACAUGGAGCAACUCAUCGAUAUCUACUGUGGACCUGAGAGAGUGACUGCAAAAGAGCAAAAUGAGGAACUUGAAAGGGUGGCAAGCACACUUCCAGAAAACCUUCCUUCUUCUGUAAAGAACUUCACUAACCGGGCUCUUCUUUCUCUUAAGAGUAAUCCAGGUUGGGGAUAUGACAAGAAAUGUCAGUUCAUGGAUAAGCUUGUAUGGGAGAUUAAGCAGGACUAUGGUGGGAAGCAGGCCGGGCCGUCUUAGUUUUCUCUUGCUGCACCACUACAGAGAGAACGUUGUACUCCUUAUGAGCUCCUGACCCCUCUCUAUAUAAGCCUUUUUCUCCAUGUGCUGUUGUUUCAUAGAUUGUUCACUGCAGAAUCUUUAUUUGACGGUCAUUCAAUAAGUCCUCCAAUGAUACGAUCAGUCCUGAGUAUUUGGACCUUUCAGCAAUUGGCAACAAGAUAAUUGCUGAAUAGCCUCGUGGAUAACGUAGAGCUAGUUUGAUCUACUUUUUCUCCCUUU